AUGGCCGAUCCAGAACCUGCCAUCGCGCAUCUUCGCUCUAACCCAUGGGCAAACAAUCUCAUCUCCUCUCCAGACUACAAGGCAAUCCAGACCGACUCUCGGCGCCUGAAGCCUACCACGGGCGAAGACGGCUACUUCGCACAAACGCUCAACACUCCCACGACAAUUCCCCAUUGCCUCACUCUCCAGCGGAACACCAUCCCAGUAGCCCCAGCCGAGACCCCGACCUGGCUCCCUGCAACCAAGCAGGAUGCCACAAAGCCCCCCACUCCCACUCCGAAUCCCGCGGAUAUUGUGAUGAUCUUCGAUCUCGGCAGCCCUGGUCUCUCGGGACACCCGUCCACUGUCCACGGCGGGAUUGUGGCGACGUUGAUCGACGAGGCCAUGUCGCUGGCCGUAGCAGCGCAUACGAAUGCCCCUAAUACGGGCGCUGACGAUAAUCCACGGGGAAAGAUCUUUACCGCCCAGCUGGAUGUGCGGUAUAAGAAAAGAGUGGUCACGCCUGCUUUAUUGGUCAUCAAGGCGAGGGUUGUUGGGAGGGUUGGCAGGAAGUUUUGGGUUAGAGCCCAGGCUUUGCAGGAGGAUGAAGACAACGGGGGGCAUCUGGAGUGGGCGAAACGGAAGGUCGUGAAGGCUGAUGCCAUGGCCUUCUGGAUUGUCACCUCUGACUCCAAGCUAUGA